UUUAUGUAUACACACAAUGUGCUCUCAACUCAUCUGAACACUCACCAACAACAAUUAUUCAUGCUUGUUUUUGCGAGUGAGUGUUAAAAUCUAGCUUUAGCCGUCUUGAAUUUUCUACUUUUGCGGUCAAAGUCGCUGGGAAAUUCAAGCAGCUCAAAAGGGGUGAGAAACUGAGAGAGACGAGGCGAAAAAUCGAGUCUUGAAAUAUUUGCUGGCAUUUCCAGAGAAAGGGAGUGAGAAAAUUUGGAUCUUGAAAGCCCCCAAGAUUUGAGAUUUCAAUUAUUUAGAGUUACAUGUGACAAUCUUGUAUAUUAUUUGGAUCAGGGACUUCUUGAAUUUGCUUUAUGCAAAAAGUUCAUGGAAGCCUAACUUCGGAGAAAGGGAAAAAGAAGUAAAUAUGGAUUUUAUCUCAGCAAAAGAGAGAGAAAUUGUGAUUGAUAUAGAUCGAUUCAUCGAUACACGUAGAGAAGGAGAUGAGAAUCUAGGGAAUGUGGUUUCGAUUUCUGUGAGUGUGGACGAGAAUCCGAAAGCGGUUGAUGAGAUUUCACCGCAGACAGGGAAUAAUAGUAAAACGGAGAAGGGCAGGGCACCGGGCAAGAAGAAGUCCUCAAAGCCUCCGCGCCCUCCAAGAGGGCUGUCGUUGGAUGCAGCCGACCAGAAGCUCAUCAGAGAGUUAUCCGAGCUAGCCAUGAUUAAACGUGCCAAGAUCGAGAGGACGAAGGUCUUGAAGAAGAUGAGAGCAGCAAAGGCGUCGUCGUCUUCAUCAGCAUCUUCCAGUGGAAACUUGAUGGCUCUGCUUUUCACCUUCAUCUUUUUUGCUGUCGUCGUUCUUCAAGGUUGCCACUCUUCUGGUGUGGCUCAUUCGAGUAAUUCAGCCAUUGCUACUCAUGGCUCGUUGCAGUCAAGUGCAGGUGUAGGUGUACCUUUAACCAGCACUGGAUCUCCCGAUGUUAUUAUGCAACCGGUUCUUGGUCCGGACAUAGCAAGAGGUGAAGCGGAGAAAUCUGUAUGUUGAGGUCGAAACGAAUGUGCAUAGCUAAGUUCCUUAAACCGGCGUGUUUAGUAUCUACGUACACGUGUUGAAGGCAUUGCAUUUGGUGCUUGGGAAGUGUAGAGUCCCUUUCGCCUUGAAGCGUGUUUUACGCUAUUAGCUCUCUAAUUGAGUGAUGAGAAGCGCGUUUGUGUGAGUUUGUCGGGUGCCUUGGUUCCGUCUUGAUCGUGUUGUGAUCGUAGAUAUAGACGAGUUGCAUCUCCGUUCGCGUCGUAGAGGAAGGCGAGUUGCCUCCCUUUUGAUGUCGCCUUGAUGAUGCUAGAGUCGUCUUGUGUUCUAAAAUCGUGUUCAUCUUGUUUCACUGCAAGAGUAUUUUUAUGGACACGAAUAUUAAACAAAAUAUUAGUAUAAAAUAAAAUAUAUUGGCUCA